CUUCCUCUCCAGUUCUCCCCUGCACACCCUCCUCGCGCCUCUGCAACUGCAAACUCCAAUCUGUUCCCACAUCUGUCGCCGCCGCCUCGCCUCACCUUCCCUCCUCCCAACAGAGCUGCUUCUAGGGUUUCGCCUCGGGUUCCUCCCUUCCGCAUCUCCUCGUCUCGAGCAACUCGGCCGUCCACCCUCUGCCCAGCGGCUGCGUAGACGUCGGUGGCCGUGGUGGCCUAGGCGUAGCCAGAGCUAACUUUUCUCGUGGGCGGCGCUUCGGGGGAAGGGAGGCCAGUCGGCGAGCUGCGGUGGCCAUGUCGCAGACGAACUGGGAGGCUGACAAGAUGCUCGAUGUUUACAUAUACGACUAUUUUAUGAAGAGAAAUUUGCAGGCAACUGCAAAGGCCUUCCAAUCAGAAGGGAAGGUUUCUUCAGAUCCAGUUGCAAUUGAUGCACCUGGUGGGUUUCUUUUUGAGUGGUGGUCAGUUUUUUGGGAUAUAUUCAUAGCAAGAACAAACGAGAAGCAUUCAGAUGUUGCAGCGUCAUAUAUUGAGACGCAGCUCAUGAAAGCCCGGGACCAACAACAGCAGUUACCUCAACAGCGGCAGCAGCAACCACAGCAUAUACAAAUGCAACAAAUGUUGUUACAAAGAGCCGCACAACAGCAGCAGCAGCAGCAGCAACAUCAGCAGCAGCAACAGCAGCAGCAGCAGCAGCAGCAGCAGCAGCAGCGUAGAGAUGAUUCUUAUCUUCUUAAUGGUACUUCAAGUGGACUUUCUGGAAACAAUCCUUUAAUGCGACAAAACCAAAGUACUGCAAAUGUUAUGGCGACCAAAAUGUAUGAGGAGAGGUUAAAGUUGCCUCCCCAGAGAGACUCUUUGGAAGACGCAUCUAUGAAGCAAAGGUAUGGAGAAAAUGCUGGGCAACUACUUGAUCCAAAUGAAACAUCACUGCUGAAAGCAGCUGCAAGUGGACAAUCCUCAGGGCAAAUUUUGCAUGGUUCCAUUGGUGGUUUGUCGGGCACUAUGCAACAAAUUCAGGGUAGAAGUCCCCAACUUCCAGGGCAUGCUCAGCAGAGUAUCAAGACAGAGAUAAAUCCCAUUUUGACACCUAGAGCUGCUGGUCCUGAGGGGUCAUUCAUGGGUCUACAAGGAUCUAAUCAAGCUGCCAAUAAUUUGACUCUCAAAGGAUGGCCACUCACACAGGGACUUGAGCAACUUCGGUCUGGAAUUCUACAGCAGAAGUCAUUCAUGCAGAAUCAACAUCAAUUGCAACAACAGAUCCAAUUUCUGACUCCACAACAACAGCAGCAGCUUGCGUUGCAGGCGCAGCAAAAUAUGGCUUCCCCAACAUCUAGUGAUGUUGACAGCAGAAGAUUGAGGAUGAUGUUUAACAACAGGAAUGUAGUUCUUGGGCGGGAUGGGCAGACAACAAGCGGUGGAGAUAUCAUUCCAAAUAUUGGCUCUCCUAGUCAAAGUGGUGGUGAUAUAGACAUGCUAAUAAAGAAGAAAAUUGCUAAUGCACACCACCACCAGCAGCAACAGCAGCAACUAUUACAACAACAAAGCAAUAGCCAACAGCAGCACCAUCAGGCUGUCUCCAGUCAGCAGUCUCAAAGCUCAAAUCAGCUUCUCCAACAAGAAAAGCCAGGAACUGGAAAUAUGCCUGUUGAUGGGGGCAUGCCGAAUUCUUUUGGGGCCACCGAUCAAUCAACGAAGAAAAGAAAGAAGCCUGGCUCUUCCUCUGGUAGAGCUAAUAGUUCAGGAACUGGAAAUACUGCUGGCCCGUCUCCAGGUUCUGCACCCUCGACACCUUCCACUCAUACACCAGGAGAUCCGAUGCCAGUACCACAACUUCAGCAGAAUGGUGUUUCAGCAAAACCCUUGGUAAUGUUUGGCUCUGAUGGCACUGGAAGCUUGACAUCUACUGCAAACCCACUGGGUGAUGUAGACCGUUUGCUGGAAGAAGGAUUGGAUGAAAAUGUUGAAUCUUUUCUGUCACAGGAUGACAUGGAUCCCAGGGAUACCUUGGGACGCUGCAUGGAUGCCAGUAAAGGCUUUGGCUUUGCUGAGGUUGCAAAAGCACGUGCAAGUGCAAGUAAAGUUGUUUGUUGCCACUUCUCAUCCGAUGGCAAAUUGCUUGCUACUGGUGGUCAUGAUAAAAAGGUUCUUUUAUGGUGUACAGAUCCCCUGAAGCCUAAAUCGUCGUUAGAAGAGCAUUCGUUUUUGAUAACCGAUGUUCGAUUUAGCCCAAGCAUGUCCCGCCUUGCUACAUCUUCCUUUGACAAAACCGUACGGGUUUGGGAUGCUGACAAUACUGACUAUUCACUCCGUACUUUCACGGGUCAUUCAGCAUCUGUGAUGUCACUUGAUUUUCAUCCCAACAAAGAAGAUAUUAUUUGCUCCUGUGAUAGUGAUGGGGAAGUCCGCAGUUGGAGCAUUAACAAUGGUAGCUGCCUGACCUGUGUCAAGGUUUUUAAGGGAGGUGCCACUCAGAUGAGAUUUCAACCCCGCAAAGGAAAAUAUCUAGCAGCUGCAUCAGAGAAGGCUAUCUACAUACUUGAUGGGGAGACACAGCAUGCUUGUAGAAGCCCUUUACAGGGUCAUGCAAAGGACAUUCAGUCAGUUUGUUGGGACUCUGCGGGUGACUAUCUUGCUUCUGUUAGUGAAGAUGCUGUCAGAAUAUGGUCAUUUACUUCUGGGCAGGACGGUGAAUUUGUGAAUGAGUUGAACUGCAGUGGGAACAAGUUUCAAACAUGUGUUUUCCAUCCAGCUCACCCUUCUUUGCUAGUCAUUGGUUGUUACGAGUCCUUGGAACUUUGGGACAUCAGGGAGAAGAAUGCCAUGACCUUCAACAAUGCUCAUGACGGUUUAAUUGCAGCCCUAGCAGCAUCGAGCGCAACAGGCAAGGUUGCCUCAGUUAGUCAUGACAGGCUUGUCAAGCUCUGGAAAUGACUUGUAAAAUAGUGACUGUUGUUUGUCGACUUUUACAUUCUGUUGCUAGAUUUUAUAGAGAACAGGAUGGUUCAGAUAACCACAUGACAAGGAGGUACUAGCUAACAAAAGGCAGGUUUGCGAUUUGUGGUUGUCUUAGUUGUAUCUUGUAUGCUGCUUCUCAAGUUUGUAACUCGUUAUAGAAUGGGCUGUUUGCCUGCUGUUACAGUGAGGACUUUGUGCUGAUUAAAAGUUACAGAACUA